AAUCACAACAGAGAGGGUUUUGAGCUUUUGUGAGGUGUGAAAGGUGACCAAGGUGAGGCAAUGUUGGUAUAUAAAGGGUGUCCAACCAUCACCUAAACUGAUUGUUCUUUUUGUUCCAACUUCAAGCAACAUCAUUCCAUCUCCAUUGUUUACUUUCCCUUUAGUCUCUUUUCCUUCGGAAUAAAACAGUCGUUUUCACUCUCUUUCACGGGUUCGCCUACACUUUCAACAUCCUGGGCAGGUCCACGUUCUUUCAUCAAACAUAAAUUUCUCUCUCAUCAUUAUCAUCCUGCAUCUUUCCAGGCGUCCGUGACCCAGCGCAUCUCAAACGAAAAGCAUUCUUUUUAGCAUUCAUUCAUCAUGGCCAACGGCAACAUGUUCAGGAUGGUGACUUGGGGGCUCACCAUUCCCAUCGUUCUCUUUUAUGUCCUCUCACUUGUUGGCUGCAUCUCCAACUCCCCCGGAAUCCCCGACAUCUUCCUCCUCAAGCUCACCACCCCCGAGACCGAGACGCCCUACCAGGUGCGGAUCGGCUACUUCGGCCUGUGCGCCGGCAGCGACGACGCCAAGCUCUCCUGCCUGCCGUCCUUCUCCCUGGGCCGGGCCCCCGGCACGACCGUCUUCAACACGACCCUGCCGGCCGAGCUCACGCGCCUGGUCGAGCUGGGCCACGAGGUGCAGGUCAAGGUCAUCUUCUUCGUGCCGCUGCUGCUGGCCUCUGUGCUCUUCUUCGUGUCGACCACCACCGUGUUCCUGUGGCGCAACGUGCCGCAGAUCUCGCCCAUGGCCGCGACGGUCGCGUUCCUGAUGCACAGCCUGGCGCUGGGCCUGCUGCUGGCCGCGGCGACCGCCGUCAGCAUGGUCGUCAACGCGCUGCACUUUGCCGUGGUCGAGAUCACGCGCGGGCAGAACGAGAUCAACGUCGAGGGGGGCAAGGCGCUGCAGACUUUCCAGUGGCUGACAGUCAUCUUUAGCUGCGUCUGGCAGGUCUGCAUCCUCAAGCGGUACAGGUCCGACAUGGCUGGCGGGAAGCGUAUCUAAGGGGCCUGGUGUUGAGAUGGGCUAGGGGGUAGGGGGCAACAAACUCGCCCCCAUUUUCGGUGCAAAAUCGCACAUCCGCUCACUUAGAUGGAGUGGUCGGUCGUCUGCUCACCAGAUUGCAUAUUAGCGGAACCGGCAACUCCGAACCACAGUUUCUAUUUCUUGUUUUUGUUUUUUUUGGCACGGGACUGACAAAAGUCAGCAUAUAAUAUGAAAGGAAGAGACCGGGAGUUCAUGGGGUGGUAAUGAUGUUGUAUUGGGACUGCCGGGCGUCAUAUUUCCUAGGUAUUGUCUUUUCCUUUCCUCCUACCUGUUUGGGCUUGUUAUAAUGGAAAACAGAGAAAAUCAUAAUGGUGGCGCAUGGGUCAGAAUAACAAAUAUAAAAAUAAAAAUCAGGGGGCGAUCGGACUCAUAACGGUCCUCCCCCAUCCUAAACAAUCCUGUUAGCCACUGGACAGAUGUCACGCAUUCAAGACUGA